AUGGGAAAGAUCAUGCUUAUCAAUUUUGACCUCUUUCGCGGACUUUUCCUGGCACUCAUCUUAUCCGUGCUACAUCUGACGCGCGGGGAGGUUCUGCUGGUUGACCCCGACACAGACAUGGCUUUGUACGUUAAUGGCCAGGAAAUUUUUCCAGAUACUGCAGUCCCUGUGCUGCCCAUGAAUGGUGUUCGGCGAAUCAAUACAGCAGAGACAACGAUAAGAGUCUACAGAACUGCGCGGGAUCUGACAACCGGUGAUUUGCUUGCACUGCAAGUUAACACCAGGCGUGCAGGCAUCAUAAAUGUGACAGAUGCGCUGGGGCGGAAGAUUGAGUACCCUGCUCCAGUUGGUAUUGUACUUGUCGGGGAAGCUGGCACCAUGAGCACCGAUGCAUUUAAGUGUUUCACACAGAAGGAGGCCAACGACGACGUGAAAACACCGUUUCAGGAACUUGGUUUCAACGACUCGCAUUGGCCUUUGGCUUAUGAGCAGGCGCCAGACUGUUGCCCAUGGCGCGACUCUUUGAUGGCCUGGAACAGGAUUGGGGCAAAGUGGAUCGGAUUGCACCCUGCCUUCUUUGCAGGAAACAUCUCGGGACCUCGGCAAAUGUUUUGCAGGUACCGGGUGGCUGGGGACACGCUCGUCAGCCGAUUACCGCUGGAAGAGACACAGGGUGCCUCUGAUGCCGCCCCACAGGUUGAGAUUAUGGCGGUUUCUGUCUCCGUGUCCCUGUCGAAGAUUGAGGUGAUCGUUGAUCGCGUUGCCAACGUAUACUGUGGAGUGAUCGAUGGGCGAUACGAGCUUCGUGUUCCUACUCAUACCGAGCUGAAGAGCUGGGGGAUUCCCAGGCUAGAUGUUCAGGGGUCGACGUAUGGAUACCAGACCAUUGGUGACACGAUAUUCACCAGAGAGGACAUCGAUCAUCCUGCAUUUGAGCGCCAUGAUGUGUUGGAUCUGGAGGAAUGUGAGCAGAUUUGUUCUAACAUUCCUGAUUGUGCAGCAUUGACGUACUGGAUCAUAGGCAAGGACUUCCAGACUGGAACCAAUUGCAAGCUCAUGAAUGCUACCUUCAAUGCAUCGAUCAGGCUUGCCCCAAGCGAGUCCUCCGAAUAUCAGCUUCGUCGACGCGAGGUGGUUCCUCAAAUAAGCAUCCUCACCUACCCAGGCAUGCUAUUGCCGGGAACAUUGUACAACACGUACUGCAGCGCUGAGGAUCCGCUCACCGGGGCGCACAUGAACAUGUCUGCGAUUGCCGCAACGCUCGUCACUGAACGGACACAGGGGUGCACGGACUGCGGGAGCACAGACCCUCCAGCUGUGCAGAUGCUGGGAGGCUGGGUGAAGCAGGAUUCUGUUGGGAUCGUUGCAGUGGCAAGCAGGUCCGGGCGCAUCUUCUGCAUCGCCAAGGAGCACCCGAAAUUCAAUUUCGUGCAGGUAUUUGCGGAGGAAAUUCAGGAUGCAGGUUUUUCGAACCUGGCAACAGUUGGAGGUCAGACGCUGGCCGUUACUAUCACCGGCUUAAGCCCAGAAGUGCAAUAUCAGGUCGCCUGCGUCGCCGAGGCGGACGGAGGCCUGCUGAGCGUGCAGGGGCAGAUCGACUCCACCCGCCGAUUGAUGAACACAUCGUCCACGGAGGUCACCAUAAACAGCAUGGAGAUUGCGCGGCAAGAGUCGUUGGCCAACGAGAACUUUGAUGCCAUGACUGUUGUCAGUCAAGUCACAAGGCUUGGCUACUUGUGGUGCCAGGUGUAUCCGCAGGAGAACAUGAUUCAGUAUGGCAUUCCGGAAGUUCUGUUCCUGGAGCAAACGGGCCUUCGUGCGAAGGUUUUUGAUUUACAGCAGGACGUGCAAGUGGAGUUUAAUGGGCUUGACAAGAACACAUCCUACGAGGUAUGGUGCACGGCCAGGUAUGACGACUUUAAGAAUGAGACUGAUGCAGAUCUCAUUACAACGCCGUACCCCAUUGCCAUAAUUCGUUCAGCUGUGCCAGCUUAUGACUCAGUGUCUCUUACCGUUAGUCUGAGCAAGAGUCCAGCUCAUGUCUUUUGCAAUGCGUUUCCCUGGGCUUUGCGGCCAACAACCGAGAGACCACCUGCUCCAAAUAAUGAACAACUAGCAGCUUCGCCCUUCAACACGGUGCUGUUCCUGGAUGGCGGAAGUGGGACCGUGACGAUGGAGAUCGCGCCGCUGGUCUCUGGAUUUCGCUAUGACAUAUAUUGCUCCGCCGAGUUUUAUCGGCCACCACCUCCGCCCGGGGCCAUCCAGCCACCAAGGCAGGGAAUGAACAUCUUCGACAUCAUCGAGACAAGGCAUGCAGUCCACAUGCGCGGGCCUUUGUUCGAUGAGCUGGGUUGGGAGUGCGUCUCCGGCCAUGCCUGUGGCGUGGACCACAUCCUCGGAAUCGGACUGGCAGAGACGGAUCAGCUGAUGGUCCGAGCAGAUGCUUGCCCCGGACGCUGUCGCUGCUCAGGCAUCGUCGAUGCAAAUCGCAAAGGCGGCUUCUGUUCAGAGAUUUCCCAGGAUCCCCUCGUGGUGAGUGGCGUUGGAAUAGAUGACAAGCGAGAUCCAAGAGGUGCCUGGUGCUAUGUGCCUGCAGGCACUUGUGAAGACGAAGAGGUUUCGACAUUGUUUCCAAGCAUGACGCUGUCCUACAAGGUGUGUGCUUACAGCGCACCCACCAUUGACGGGACCCAAGGCGCACCUGGUUUUCCUAACGGGGGGGUUGCAGUCGUUCGCCGUCACAGCGGUGGCCGAGCCUUCGAUUUCAGCUUGGUGCCAUUGAUCGUCCCUGGAAGGACCUACGACUUGUGCUGGUGCAACAGCACGGAGUCUGCGUGUGAAAGGGGUGCCGAUUUUCACGUUCGCAUUGGUGCCCUGCACAUGUCCGGGCCCUCAUCCCAACAGAUGGAUGCCAACAUGACCUGCCGAGUUGGCCUUCCGUGCAUCCUAGACUUCUUUGAUGGCCAUGCGGUGGAGGAUGGAUCACGCCUGGUAGCCCUGCCAGCCGACCAACGUUGGUGCCGGUGGGAGCGCGCUUCGCUCGCCGAUCCGCCGGGAAUUCCCAACUUUCCAGACCUCGGAGUUUCUCAAACAUACAACAAGAAUGUGCGCACGUAUGCCUUUGGCUCCGUUCCGUUGAUCAUCAAUGGUGGGAUCUACAACCUAUGCUGGUGCGGCCCACCUGCACGUACCUGGUCAGUUGCACCAGGACAGGACUACCGUAUCCCAAAUGGUGUCAUACCAUCCGCCUGCCCGAGCACUCGAGCAGAUGAUGGUGGUCAGUUUCUCACGCCAGCAGGACGGCUACUUGUGAUUGGUCCCGAACCAUUUGGGACAGUCUCCUGCCGGUUGGGUUCUGAAUGUGUGACGCCGCUGAUUCAGGGAUUCGGUCUGCAGGGCAGCGAUCGCUUGGCAGCGCUAACGCGGUGUGGGGAGGCGUCGCGCCCACCAACAGGCUGGAGUGAUGGAGCAGCGAGUCUUUCAGAUCCCUGGGUAAGCGCAGGUUGGGCUGUCUCUGAAGGUUUCUCGCCCCAACAGCUUGAGGCAUUCGGCAUACAGCCUUCCAUGAUGGGCGCACAUCAAACUAGCAUGAGUAGUGGUCAUGCUGGCUCGUCGUUUAACAACAGCAACCGUGGGGCCUUCGGAUUUCCGAACUAUGGCAUGACGGUCCCGCAUGCCACGCCAGGGUACUUUACAUGGGGCGGGCCGACUUGGGCCUUUGCCGGAACAUACAUUGUGUGUUGGUGUGGUGGUGAGGCCACGCUUGAUGGAUGUGAGUCACCAAGCGACUUCCUUGCACCCGUGGGGCUUGUCGAGGUUUCUGGUCCUGGUGUGUUACCCUUUGCAGCUCAGAUGUUUACAUGUGUGCGCCAGCGCCAGUGUGAACUCAGUAAUUUGCAGGGCACACAGCCACCGACCAGCAGGCUACUGAUCGCAGCUGGCGCGUGUGGAGGCCCGCCGGCAGAGGGCAUUCCUCGACAGGGUCAGUCGCUGCCAUCGGUGGAGGGGACAUCCUAUUCAUGGGGUUCGGAGCGUGUCAUGGCACACCCGCGCAGAUACUAUUUGUGCUGGUGCUCUAGCAUCAGCGAUUGUGACAGCCACCAGCGUUUUCAGAGCUAUGCGGGCGUUUUGCAGGUCAAGGCGCCAACGGCCUCUCCCGAAAGGUUCUUUUGUCCUCUCUCAUCCGCCUGCAACAUUACUGGCAUUUCUGGAGAGGGGCUCAACAAUGGAGACACAGUAAUGCUUCUCGUGAAGUGUGGGGAUGCCGUCACUGAUGCGGAGAACUUUCGGGAAGGCUCCGUCUCAUUGGCAACCUUUGACGAUGGAGGUAGCUUUACAUUGCCACCUGGGCAGCGAGCUGGGCUGUACCAAGUUUGCUGGUGCGCUGCGGAGCAAAUUUGCUUGAAUGGCCGCGACUAUACCACCACCCUUGGGCGACUGGAGAUUGGAGGGCCGGAUGACUCUGUGACAUACCGCUGCUUUGAGUGGGAGCCUUGUGUAAUCGAAGAUCUGGAAGGCCGCUCUUUGUCCGAUGGAGAUCGCCUUCUCGUAGUUCCAGAUGGCACGGAUUGCUUCACGGCCAGCGCGGAGAUCCGACAGGCUAAUUUUCCAAACAAUGCAGCUUCCUUACCCGCAACUCAGGGUGGAAGACGGUUUUCGUGGGGCAGUGGCUUGGUGAGGACUGAUCCUGGCGUCUACGCACUGUGCUGGUGUCAUGCGCCGUACGCUUUCAACGCAACCUGUUCUGAGGAUGGCCCCUUCAAUGUUCCAGGCGGUGUCUUGAGGAUUGGCAACAGCAAGGAGUUUCAGUACGUCACGCGGCCUGAGGACAAUCCGCCCCGGGACGGGGACCAGGGUGUGUCCUACUUGCUUGCCAUUCCACUGCCUCUACUUUUCUUCGCUGCCAUAUGCCUCGGGGUGAAGCGCCUGGUCGGGCGUCACAUGCGGGAGGAGGACGAGGCUCCCAACCCCUGGGCACAAAAACUGGAGGACAUGAGUACCCUGCAGCAGCAGCGAUCCAAGCUCGGUGGUGAGGUCAUGGAAGUCUCCCAAACCCGAGCGCAGAUUCAGCGCCUUUCGGACCACAGAACCAAAGAAAACAAUCCUUCCGGUCCGAGGGAUGCCGUUUUGGCCUUGUACAAUUUAGUGCUGAACCAUCUACGACUUUCCCGCAAGAAGCCCAAGCUUAAACGGGCGGGACCUCCAAACCUAACACCUUCCAAGAGUUUGCGGAGCCUGGCAACCAGCACAACGGAUAACUCAGUGAAAUGGCUGCCCGAAGUCCAGCAGAUGGAUGACAUGGCGAGCUCCGACGAUGAAAUCUUUACGGCCAAGAAGCCCAAGGCACCCCCCAAGACGGCACCCAGGCCUCCGAGCCUUGAGUUCCUGAGUGUGCAUGAUCCUCGCGUUCUGCACAUCUUGGAUCAAGACUCCAAAGAGCCGCACACCUUAGUGUCUUACGAUCUCGACUAA